AGCUAAUUUCUCAGAUUCCUUCCUUGAUAGUCACAACCCCCAAUAUCUAUAUAGAUGGAAAAAGGCAUUUCCAGCCUCCUAAAGCCUGGGUAGGGCCAAGUUCAUAUUUCUACGCCAAAUCCCAGACGAUGGUGAAUUAUGAACGUGCCACAUCAUGAAUUUCUUGUGGCUGGUAACUGUGCACCAUACCUGGAAGGCUGUCCUGUUUUCUAUAAUCUACCUCAUGGUGCAAACUUGGAUCUCCUGUGCAGCAUAUUCGGGGCCCCAGAGCUGUCCUUCUGUCUGUUCCUGCAGUAACCAGUUCAGUAAGGUGGUCUGCACACGCCGCGGCCUCUCAGAAGUACCCCAAGGUAUCCCAUCCAACACACGGUACCUCAACCUUAUGGAAAACAACAUUCAUAUGAUCCAAGCUGACACUUUCAGACACCUUCACCAUUUGGAAGUGCUACAACUUGGCAGGAACUCUAUCCGCCAGAUAGAGGUUGGGGCGUUCAAUGGUUUGGCCAGCCUCAAUACUUUGGAGUUGUUUGACAACUGGUUGACAGUAAUUCCAAGUGGAGCUUUUGAGUAUCUUUCCAAGUUAAGAGAGUUAUGGCUCAGGAACAACCCCAUUGAGAGCAUCCCAUCUUAUGCCUUCAAUAGGGUACCAUCUUUGAUGCGCUUGGACCUAGGGGAACUAAAAAAAUUGGAAUACAUUUCUGAGGGAGCAUUUGAGGGAUUAUACAAUCUGAAAUACCUUAACCUUGGGAUGUGUAACAUCAGAGACAUGCCAAACCUCACACCUUUGAUAGGGCUCGAGGAACUAGAAAUCUCUGGUAACAACUUUCCAGACAUCAAACCAGGAUCUUUUUAUGGGCUGAGGUCACUAAAAAAGCUGUGGAUAAUGAACUCACAAAUAACCAAUAUAGAACGCAAUGCUUUUGAUGACCUUACAUCUCUGGUAGAGUUGAAUUUGGCUCACAAUAACUUGACCUCUCUUCCACAUGACCUUUUUGCCAAUCUGAGGUACUUGGUAGAGUUGCACUUGCACCACAACCCAUGGAACUGUGAUUGCGAUGUUCUUUGGCUAUCAGGAUGGCUGCGAGAGUAUAUACCUACAAAUUCCACAUGUUGUGGCCGCUGCCAUUCCCCACCGCACAUGAAGGGGAAGUAUGUUGUGGAGGUGGACAACUCAUCUUUUCAAUGUUCAGCCCCUUUUAUGAUGGAUGCACCUAGGGAUUUAAAUAUUUCAGAGGGGAGAGUGGCAGAACUGAAGUGUAAAACUUCAGCCAUGUCCUCAGUUAGGUGGCUGUUGCCUAAUGGGACUGUCCUAAGCCACGCUUCCAACCACCCACGAAUAACCAUCCUUAACGAUGGUACCUUAAACUUUUCUCACGUCCUAUUAACAGACACUGGGUUCUACACGUGCAUGGUGACCAAUGUGGCAGGAAACUCUAACUCCUCGGCCUAUCUCAACGUCAGCACCGCAGAGCUCAACACUUCCAACUACAGCUUCUUCACUACUGUCACGGUGGAAACUACUGAGAUGGCACCAGAAGACAUCUCUAUGAUAUUUAAGCCAGUGCCGACCACUUCCACAGGGUACCAGCCGGCAUAUACCACCACGACUACAGUGCUCAUACAGACCACCAAAAUGCCCAAACAGGUGGCAGUGCCAACUUCAGACUCUGGAGACAAACUUCAAACUAGUCUGGAUGAGGUGAUGAAGACCACUAAGAUCAUCAUUGGUUGUUUUGUGGCAGUAACACUGUUGGCAGCUGCCAUGUUAAUUGUGUUUUAUAAGCUACGGAAGCGACAUCAGCAGAGGAGCACUGUGGCUGCUGCGAGGACUGUCGAGAUUAUCCAAGUGGACGAGGACAUCCCUACUGGGAGUCCCACAGGAGUAUCAGGUGAGGGGGCAGUUGUGAUGCCCACCAUUCACGACCAUAUGAACUUUAACACCUACAAGCCAGCACACCAUGGGGCUCAUUGGACGGCUAACAGUAUUGGUAAUUCUCUACACUCCACAAUUACAACCAUCUCUGAACCUUAUAUAAUUCAGACCCACACAAAAGAGAAGGUACAGGAAACUCAAAUCUGACUUUUUUCAAAUUAACAUGCAAUAGAAUGCACAAAAAAAAGAAACAACUUUUGUACAGAGAGAGAGAGAGACUUUUUUUGUUUUCUUGUAAAUGCUUAUAUAUUAAAUCUAUGGGCUGAUGACAGAAACAGAUUAUAUUAAAAUUUAAAACUAU